UUGAUUCUACGGGAGUCAUGGUUAAGUUUUCGGUGCUCUGCUGCCUCUUGGCGCUGGCUCUGCCCACGUUGGCGGAAGUGGGCUGGUGGAAAAACGCCCAGCUGUAUCAGAUCUACCCAAGGUCCUACAAGGACAGCGAUGGAGACGGAAUAGGUGAUCUUAAUGGAAUCACCGAACAGUUGCCGUAUCUUAAGGAAAUCGGCAUUACUGCAACAUGGCUAUCCCCCAUCUUCACCUCUCCCAUGGCUGACUUUGGCUAUGAUGUCGCCGAUCUCAAGGAUAUCGACCCAAUCUUCGGCACCAUGGAGGACUUUGAGAAACUAGUGGCUCGAGCCAAGGAGCUGGACAUCAAGAUUAUCCUCGAUUUUGUGCCCAACCAUACGAGCGAUGAGUGUGACUGGUUUAUCAGAUCCGCUGCCGGCGAGGAGGAGUACAAGGACUUCUAUGUCUGGCACACUGGCAAAGUGGUGAAUGGCAUCCGCCAACCGCCCACCAACUGGAUCAGUGUGUUCCGUGGCGACAUGUGGACCUGGAACGAGCAGCGUCAGGCCUACUACCUGCACCAGUUCCACGCAAAGCAGCCUGAUCUUAACUACCGCAACCCCCAGGUGGUGGAGGCCAUGAAGGAUGUCCUGCGCUUCUGGCUGCGCAAGGGAGCCUAUGGAUUCCGCAUCGAUGCUGUGCCCCACGUAUUUGAAGUGUCCGCAGAUGCUGAUGGCAACUGGCCCGAUGAGCCCCGCAACGAGGCUGUGGAUGACCCAGAGGACUACAGCUACUUGCAGCACAUCUACACCACCAACCAGCCUGAGACCAUCGAACUGGUCUACGCCUUCCGUGAUGUCAUUGAGGAGAUGGACCUUGAACUUGGUGGCGAUGAUCGCAUCCUGCUCACUGAGGCCUACUCCCCACUGGACGUCCUGAUGCAGUACUACGGCAACGGCACCCAUAACGGUUCCCAGAUUCCAUUCAACUUCGAAAUGCUGGCCAAUAUCAACUACAAUUCGGACGCUUACCACUACUCCGAGCUGAUCCACAACUGGCUGGACAACAUGCCUGAGGGACAGGUGGCCAACUGGGUGUUUGGUAACCACGACCAGAGUCGCAUCGGAACUCGUCUGGGAGCCGACAGAAUCGAUUCUGUUAACAUAAUCAAAUCUAUCCUUCCCGGCAUCGACAUCACUUACCAGGGCGAGGAGCUGGGCAUGACCAACGUGUACAUCAGCUGGGAGGACACAGUGGAUCCCCAGGCCUGCCAGUCCAACGAGGAUGACUUUGAGCGACUCACUCGCGACCCCGUGCGUACUCCCUUCCAGUGGAACGACGAGCAGAACGCUGGCUUCUCCAACGCUUCCUCCACCUGGCUGCCAGUCGGUUCGGACUACAAGCUGGUCAAUGUGAAGCGGGAGCGUGGAAUCGCUCUUAGCCACUUGAACAUCUUCAAACAGCUUCGCGCUCUGAGGGAUGAGCCCACUCUGAAGCAGGGUGAUACCACAGUGACAGCCAUUGGACCCAAUGUUUUGGCCAUCAAGCGCUCCUUGGCCGGACAGAAGUCCUACAUUGCCGUCAUCAACAUUAACGAUGAUGUCGAGACGAUCGAUCUGGACUCCGUCUUCACUUCCAUCUCCACGCAGUUGCAGUAUGUCGUGGUAAACGACAAGAGUGUCCGCCGCAAGAAUGACUUCACCUUUGCCAACUCUGUGCUGCUGUUGCCCAAGGAGGCCGUCGUUCUCAGCACGGUUUAAACUUAUUUAGUAGGUCUUUUAAAACAAUAAAAUACGAUUUAUAAACAAAUA